UGUCAUUUUCGUCCGGUUUCAUGUUCGUUUCCAGUUGUUUAGUUUUGAUUAUUAAUCUCGUAGUGUGGGUGUCAUGGCUUAUUUCGAGUCGCUUACAGUAUGCAUUUUAUGCAUUUUUGCAGUUGAUUUUGUAUCAUCACAAAGGCAUAUAUUCAAGGAGUCGGUGAGUUCGAGAAAUUUCAGUUACUCGAACUGCAAUAGCUCAGUUGUCCCACUCUAUGUUAAUUUUCUCGAUAUAUCUCCAGACCCAAUUAUUAUUGGGAAUUCCAUAAAGAUCCGUUUAAGAAUGACACUUGAUGAAGAUGCUGGAAGCCAUAACAAUACCAUAAAGGUUGAUUUAAGUUUGCGUAUGAAGACAAAGACCGGUUACAUAGAACUAUGCCAGAUCGUAGGGGAAUCAUACUGUCAUUAUAACGAUUUGUGUUCCAUUCUGAAAGAUUUUAUGAAGGACAAAAAAUGUCCAGAGUACAUACAAAAAAAGUAUGACAAUAAUUGUGGUUGCCCAUUCAUUAAGAGGUCGUAUGACUUGCCACCUAUUCAAAUUGUCUUACCACAGCUAUCAUAUAAGGUAAGAGGAAAGUUUGUCCUGACCAUUAACCUACAUGAGGAAGGAAAGAUAUUGGGAUGUGUGGAAAUCCAGUUCUGCAUAACCGACUGCAACCCCUUGGGAUACAGAUAAUAUGACAAAAUGUAAUCAUAUCAGUUUACGUAGAUUACUUAGGUUUAUUGGCAUUGAGACUUGCGUUAAUUUUUUAUAUAUCUAUAGUGUCGGCAAAAAACGUGUGUUUUGAAGGUUUUUUUUUGUUUUUCGAAUUUUAUCAUGUUUCACAUAACAUACAAUACAGAACUAUAUGAAUGUUUGCUUGCAUGUUGCUGAUAAAACAACCUGCCUGAAUUUUGUAUCAAAAAUAUAGUUAAUGAAUUGAAAAGCGAUGAACAAUUAAAAUUAAACUUCGGAAAUAUACCAUAUUAACUUCGUCUUAUUAUUGUUAUAAGACAUUUCUCCAAACAUGUUGAUAGUUUGUACCUGACUAAAAUAUCUGCAAUUAUGUCUACGAAUAAAAGUGAAAACUCUCAUAA